UUGUAGACAACAAGUGACAGGUCCAGAAUAUUAGAGUAAACACUUUCAUUUCAAUCACUAUAAAUCUAGAUGAAUCGAUGGGAAGCGUAUCAGUACAGUCCCUCCGUUGUCUUGCAAAAUCAAGUGAUGGUGCAGGAUAGCAAGGGGUUAAGUGAACAUGAAGUCUUCCAGCACGCUACUGUUGGCAACUUCUUGGGAUCUAACAUUGAAGGUUCCGGUUCCGGUUUCAUGCGCUGUGUAUAUACAGCUAAGAACGCAGUUAAUGCAACCGUCACAUUGUUAUGUGAUCUCAAUGCGGGUUGCUGUGAGAGAGGUUGCUGCCCACAAGACCUUUUCUGGAUGGCUGGAGUAUUUAUUUUGUUAGUUUUCGUACUUUUGGUAUUUGUCGUUGGCGCAUGCAUCGUAAUUUGUUGCUAUUGGCGAACGAAAAAGGAACAACGUAGGGAAGCCUACGAAUAUAGCAUAUAUGGCUCACAGGUUGGUAUGUAUCCGGAUGGAUACAGUUAUUAUGCAAAUCGACCUGUGUUUCAAAGGUAUUAGCUGCAUUUGUCUGUUUCCAUUUGAUAGACAUAUAUGACUUCUGCAAAAGAAAAAGGAUGUGAUAAGAGUUGUUGUUACUAGAUUACAGUCAUUAUACGUUAUUAUAAAAUGCUACCUUUUGAUCAAACUGCU